AUGCUACCACUCAUGAUCAGACGACCACCUUCGAUCAUCGCGUUAGGAGACGAGGAGCUUCAGUAUCAUUUGCAUCGCACCUAUCUCCGUUCGCUAUCCACCGAUCUUGACCGCCUGCACCUGGAUGAUCCGGAUCGAGACUACGACGGCGAUGAUCUGUUUGGCUUGAGCUCUGCAGAUGACUCGGAAGAGGAUGCGGAUGUUAAACAAAACCGCAAAGUUCGCGGGUCGUGUGUUAGAGCGCGUUCCGUGCAAGGCGUCAUCACAACAAGCCUGGAAGAAUCUGCUUUGACAGAGUCGGCCCACCAAACAGUGGACACCAUCAAUGUCCCCGCUGCUCGGCUGGGAUCCUCGCUGCUCUGGACUCGGCAGCUCAAAACUACCGAGACUGCAUUACAAGAUCAGGGACAAAGUACGAUUCAUCCAUCUGGAAAGGAAGAAAACUGCCGAAAUCCUCUCCAUGCAUGGGCCGCUGGAAACGACGGGCAUUCGCAGCUUCCCACGGUUCAGAUUCCUUGCCAGUUGCCCGCUGCCAUUCCGGAGAUGGAUCUCAACGCCGUUCCACUUCGGGGCCUAAGCCUAGCGUCUACACGGUCUGACGAGGCAGGCUUGGGCUCUACCGCCUCGACCGCCAUUGCAGCGGAUACCUAG